AACAUUUGUCCAGAGCACAAACUGAUCUGGGACCAGGAUACAAUGCAUCAAAUAGUUCUCUCCCCUCCCCCAGACGUUACUGGAGACGACCACCAGUCUGUUGAACCAUGACCUCCACUGGUCCCUGUCUCACCUGCGAGCGGCGGUCAGCAGGGGGCUCCACCCCCGUCAGGACCACUGUAACAUCUGCCUGCAGCAGUACAGGAGACGUCAGGACAGCCCAGAUGACAUCAUCAUAUUCAGCUGCGGCCACCUGUACCACUGCCAGUGUCUGCAGAGGAAGGGGAGUGGCCACGCGGAGCCCAGGUUGCUGCAGGUCUGGAGCUGCUACAAGUGUAUCUCCUCACAGAGAGGGAGGGGCGGGGACAGGGUCACCACGGAGACCGGGAGGGGACGAAGCACCUCCCUCGCACAGACCAACGUGAUGUCCAGGGAAGCAGGGGAUGAUGGGAAAAAGGUGUUUGCUGAGACCACGUUGGACCCCCAGCAGAGUCAGUCCUGGGACCAGCUACGAUGUCUCUACAGAGGACCUUCCAGGUUGGCCAUCCUGUCAGAAAUCUCCCACUGCCAUGGCAACGAGAAGGCGGGCCUCCUAAACCCCUCCCAACCAGGAACAGGAAGUAUAUUCCACAGCGAGAACUUCCAGCUCAAACUGUCCCCCACCGCCAUCGGUGGAGAGUAG